AUGAAACCCCGAUCGUGUUUUGUCGCUAACAAAUCGCAACAUGUGGCUAAAAUUGGUGUCUCAAACAACUCGCGAGGUGUCGCAGUUCAGUGUGACAUCGAUGAAGUAGAAACAACUGUAGCAAUACAGCUAGAUGGAGAAGAACUUACCAUGGAAUUUAUUGACGUACUCCCAUGGGAUGAUACAACAGAUCACGAGAUAGAAGUAACAGCUGAUGCCUACGUUGUGAUAUAUUCCGUCAUAGACAGAGUAACGUUCGACGCUGCUGUACAGAGUUUAUACAAGUUACGACACGGCCUGGGUACAGACAGACCUAUUGUUCUCGUGGGCAAUAAAAUUGACCUGGUUAGAAAACGAAAAGUUAAAAAAGAUGAUGUGAGAUCUAUAUCCCGUACAUAUGACUGCCUUCCGUUUGAAACAUCAGCCGCCUUAAAUCACCAUAUCGAUGAGCUACUUAUCGCCAUCUUAAAACAGAUACGUCACAAGUUAAACCCUGACCUUCAUCCUUCACCAGACGAUUACACGGAACCGGAAAUGAGAAGACGUGAUAAGCAAGGUCCUGUAGGAUUUCUGGGAAAACUGUAUCGCAGACUUAGCAGAAAAGGACGACCUAAAAAAUAACAUGUUUUUUUCUUUCUUUUAAUCUUAAUUUGAAAGAUACACCCAUCUGCAUAUUUUUCAUGACGGAACUUAUGUUGUUUGAUAUUGCAAAUGCAGUGUUUGUGUCCGCCCUCAAGCACACGUGUUUACCACGUAUUCUCACGUGUUUACCACGUGUUCUGUCAAUUCAAUUGAUUCCUGUAAAAUUAUAACUACAAGUAGUAAAAUAAUUUUUCCACCUCUU